GUAUUAGCUGAUUCUCUGCACACAGAACAGAACAGCGCUUUGUCCCCAGGGAAAGAAGCUAUUUCAGACUUAACUAAGGAAUCAUCUAACAUGUUUCAACAAUCCCUACUGUUUCUCUGUUUGUUUUAAAGAUAUGACUGUGAUUUUGUUUCAUUUGCAACUGGAGACUAAAUGACACCAAGCAGAAUCUGCUGUUAGGUUAGAUUACAAGGAUACUUUCUGAGACACACAACACCAUGCAGGCUACAUCAUUAGUCUAUUAUUUCCUACUUGCCUCUCUGUGCAUUGAUUUUUCUCAAAAUGAAACUAGUGCACUUCUCAGGAGGCAAAGGAGAAGAAUGCACUACAGAGGAUUGAGAAGGAGCUCCUCAGCAGGGCACAGGUCCCCAAGACAGCCACGGAUGAAGCUCCCAGCUCCUGCUGCUGUAGUACCGGGCAUACCUCUUAUUAAUAUUGAUGACGGUGUUAUGGGAGUAUUUGACUCUCUCAUAGGUGUGGGUGGACAUGAAUCUAGUUACAGUGUCUUACCAGGAAAGAAAGGGCACUGCACAGCUAAUGGCAUGAUUAUGUAUGAUAAAGCUGUCUGGUCUCCCAAGCCUUGCAUUACCUGUCUCUGUUCAAAAGGAGAAGUGAUAUGUGAUACAACCAUGUGCCACCCUCUGAAAUGUCCCAAAACUAUUAUACCUGCAGGAGAAUGCUGCCCGGUUUGUUCUGAUAGUGCUUCCUCUUUGGAUUCAAGUAUUAUUUCCCUGGAUGACAUAAGCGAGUUGUCUGGUGAUUCUCCAGAACCCAAUGACCUUGACAACACCAAUGCAUUGUCAUCAGCACAUACUCAAACUGAAAAAGAUGAACUGCUUAGAACAGAAGUGGUGGAGUUGAAGGAGAAAAAGGUUCAUAAAAAGAAUGAAAAGAAAAGAAAAAGGAAAGGCAAAAAAAAUCGACAGAAACAUAAAGCCUAUCACAGAGAAAAGAAGCCUAUCACAAGAAAGGAAGCAGCAGCAGAAGAAAUACAAUAUGAAAGUGAUGAAGAUGAUGAUACUUUGAGAAUGCCAUCUCGUUUCCCAAUUCCUGUUCCACCCAUAGAAGCUCCUCCUUUGCCACCUGGGUGUUCUACCUCGGACAGCACAGUAAGCUGCAUUAAUGCAAAACUUACACAAAUACCACCAAUCUCAGAUCCAGAGCUAACAAGUCUAGACCUUACAGGAAAUAGUAUCACUACUAUCUCGGAUGAAGCAUUCAAUGGGAUACCUAAUCUGGAAUGGAUUGAUCUGAGUAAAAAUAAUAUUACCUCUCCUGGCAUAGGUCCACAAGCGUUCAAAAUCCUGAAAAAGCUAAAACGUUUGUAUUUGGAUGGAAAUAUGCUGGUACAUAUUCCCUCUGAAUUGCCAUCAACUUUGGAAGAAAUAAAAAUAAAUGACAACCACCUUCAUGCCAUUGAUGAAGACGGCUUACAAGAUUUAAAGAACUUGGUCACCCUGGAAUUAGAAGGAAAUAAACUCAGUGAAGCAAAUGUCAGUCCUUUGGCCUUCUAUCCUUUGAAAAGUCUGUCUUAUUUGCGACUGGGAAGAAAUAAAUUUAGAAUUAUCCCACAAGGUCUUCCUGCCACUCUUGAGGAGUUAUACCUUGAAAAUAAUCAAAUUGAAGAAGUGUCAGAAAUUUGCUUUAACCAUACAAGAAACAUAAAUGUCAUUGUGCUAAAGCAUAACAAAUUAGAAGAGCACAGAAUAGCACCUUUGGCUUGGAUAAAUCAAGAGAACUUGGAAUCAAUUGAUCUCUCUUAUAACAAGCUAUAUCACGUUCCCUCCUAUCUGCCAAAAUCUUUACUACAUCUGAUACUUAUAGGAAAUCAGAUUGAAAGAAUCCCAGGAUAUGUCUUUGGUCACAUGAAGCCAGGGCUGGAGUACCUCUACCUGUCUUUUAACAAACUUACUGAUGAUGGAAUAGAUCCAGUAUCGUUUUUUGGAGCAUAUCACUCUCUGAGAGAGUUGUUUUUGGAUCACAAUGAAUUAAAGUCUGUACCAUUUGGAAUUGAUGAAAUGAGAAAAUUACGUUUUCUAAGACUGAACAAUAAUAAAAUAAGGACAGUCCCUCCAGAACGCAUCUGCAGGACUUCUCAUAUCACUGAUGAUGAUGUUCACGAGAAUAGUGAAGAGGAAGAGAAUGAAGAGUCACGCUUGGAACAUGUUCAUCUUGAAAACAACUAUAUCAAUACAAGACAGCUAUCACCUCAUGCGUUUUCAUGCAUAAGAUCCUAUUGCAGUGUUGUUCUUAAACCACAGAAGACCAAAUAAACACCCAACUUUUGCAUUGCAAACCCUAUCUCUAGAAACACAGCUUUAUUUAUUCUCUGCUACUAACAGGUCUGCUUAUUUCUGAUUUAAACCCUUCUUACUAUUAUAAAUAAGAUACAGUAUAUUAUAUACUGAAGUAAGAGUAGUAGUGUAUUUCUUAAUAUCGUUUCAUUAUAAAAACAUUAAAUGUAAAAGUAGAAGCUCAAGAUUAUGUCAUAGAUUUUUAUUUCUAUUCACAGAAAUUCUACUUAAACACAAUAGAUCAAACUGUGCCCUCAGAUACACCUCCACAAGAUCAGAUUUUAGAAAAGAAGAAAAUAACUAAACCUUCAACUUGGUCCUGUCUUAUUUAACUGAAUUAAAAACAUUUUAAAUGGUAUCAUCAACUUUAAAAAUGAUACAAUUAAAAGUUCUACAAACAUUCUAGCAGUGCAAGAAUCAAAUUUCUUAAAACACACAUAGUACUGGAUUUUCUACCAAAUAUUUUGCAGUGAUAAAUUCUCUUCCAAUUGAAAUUUCAUGGAAAAAAUGUUAAAGUGUUUGGGGUUUUUUUUAAACAAAGUUUAUUUGAAAUUUUUUCAUGUUGCCCAUUUAGGGGGCUACUUAGACUUUGUCACAACUAUAAAAUAUUCACUUAGUGCUUAUUUGAAAGCUUCUAGAUAGUCAUAAAUCACCGCUUCAGAGACAACAUUGAUAAAGCAGUUUCAGUAAUACAUUUGAUAUGAAUGUCUGCUUAGGUAUUCAAUAGUAAGUGUUUACAAAUAGACCUCUCUUUCCCUAGAAAGGAGUUCAGUCUCUUGAAGAAAAGAAGCAUUUUUAAUAUUCUGCUCAAGAUUUUAAUACUAUAUUCUAUGAAGUGGCCAAAAUUUUGAUAAAAGGUAGUGAAUAUUUUUAUUUUAAAGCACAAUCUCAAUAAAAAUUGAAAGUAAUUCUAACAUCUUUCAUAUUUCUUGAAUUCUACAGUCCUUUCUAAGAGUAGGCUGGUGGUAGGAAAUGAUUACAGAUCACUGCCAAGUCAUUAUUCUUCACACAAAUACUUUCCACCUUCUCCUGGGCUACUCUGUAAGGCAUAAAAAAUAUCUACCCUGUUUUCUUCAAUAUUAUAGGUACUAAUGCCUAAUCAUUUCUUCUUCAGAAUGGAUUGGAACAAAGGAUGAAAUGGAUAAUACAGAGAUUGACUUUUUUAAAGGCAUAUAAAAGCUGUAAGCCACUGCACAUCCUAAAAGGCACAAAUUAACUACUCAACUGUAACUUUCUUGCCCUCACUCUGGAAGUGAAGGUUUCGCUAUGCAUUCCCCACACAUCCCAAACUCCUGCCAACUGACAUGUCAUAUAAUCAGUAUAAGCUUACUGUUCACACCACAUUUAAUGAUGAAGGAUCUCCAAACAUUUUUUUUAGCAUAUUAUAGACAGCAUAUAUGAACACCCAAGUUUCGUUUUCUCUGAAGCUAUGCAAUCAUGAUAAAAACAAAAUCACAUUGUUCUAGUUCAAAGUUCUCCUUUACUCCAAUAAGCUAUUACCUGCAAGGCACAAUGGUACUUCAUCUGCAGCAAAUGAAAAGAUGAUGUAUUUCUGGUAAGAAAUAAUCCUAAGAUAUGUGGAUUUCUGUAAAAAGAUUACUUUGGAUAUUUUGUUUGGUAAACCAUGGUCAGAAGUCAUACCUUAGUGAUUUGCUAAGUUUGGUAAAGAACGGUGAAAUCAACAGGCUGAGUUUUUACUCACAAUGUUCUGGUUUCGAUGAUUUCAUGUCAUUGCUUGUGCACUUUCAAGAUUUGAUUCCUUCAUUCCUUUUGACUUUAGCUAAUACUUUGACUAACAUUUCUUUCUUUGUCAAACACCAUUAAGUUCCCAAACUACUACUUUGAGAGAAUAAAAACCCUAAAUUAUUAAAAUUAAUAAUUUUAGUCUAUUGCUAAAUAACUUCAGACUUUGCAACACUGCUGAGCAGUGCUUUCAGAAGCUUUACUACGCAUUUUGAAUACACAGAUUGACCCAAGGAGGGAUUUCCAGAUAAACAAGCUGAUGUAUUACACCAUUGUAUGCAUUCUUUUAAUAAAUAUAA